UUCAAGAAACUCAAUUCUAACCAUAUUUAAUUUAAUUUAAUUUAAUUUGUUUCAAUAUUUCUUCUUCUUCAUUAUUCUUCUUCUUCUUCGUUUUUUUUUUAUUCAUUGGACAUUGUGGGUACUUAAGUGUGAAAAUGAUAAGAUUUUGCGCGGCAUUUGCAGUCGUUCUAGGGUUUUUAGAGAGCUCUAAAGUUUAUGCUAAAACAAAUGCAUUCUUUGUGUUCGGAGACUCAUUGGUCGACAAUGGCAACAACAAUUACUUGGCGACCACGGCGAGAGCGGAUUCUCCGCCCUACGGCAUCGACUACCCCUCCCACCGACCCACCGGCCGUUUCUCCAAUGGUCUUAAUAUCCCCGAUAUCAUCAGUGAAAAAAUGGGAUGGGAGCCCAUAAUGCCAUACUUAAGUCCACAACUAAUAGGGCAAAAAUUGCUGGUUGGAGCCAACUUUGCUUCUGCCGGAGUCGGAGUCCUUAAUGAUACUGGAAUUCAAUUUGUGAAUAUUAUUAGGAUUUUCCAACAACUGGAUUUCUUUGAACAGUACAAGCAAAGAGUGAGCGAAGUGGUCGGAGAAAAAGAAGUUGGAAAACUUGUAAAUGAAUCGUUAGUUCUUAUUACAUUGGGAGGAAACGACUUUGUCAACAACUAUUAUUUGAUCCCUUAUUCCGUGAGGUCGCAACAAUAUUCCAUCCAAGAUUAUGUGCCGUUUGUCAUUUCCGAGUACAAGAAGGUCCUAAAGAGACUAUAUGAUUUGGGGCCUCGGCGAAUUUUGGUGACGGGGACGGGGCCAUUAGGGUGUGUGCCGGCAGAAUUGGCGCAGCGCAGCCGGAACGGGGAAUGCGACGGGGAAUUGCAGAAAGCCGCAUCUUUGUUCAACCCACAACUUGUGAGAAUGUUGGAUGAACUCAACAAAGAAGUUGGUUCUAAUGUGUUCAUUGCAGCCAACACCCACCAAAUGCACUUGGACUUCAUCUCACAACCUCAAGUAUACGGGUUUAUAACCUCAAAAAUAGCGUGUUGCGGGCAAGGGCCGUACAACGGAUUGGGGCUAUGCACGCCAUUGUCGAAUUUAUGUUCAAAUCGAGACGAGUAUGUGUUUUGGGAUCCUUUCCAUCCCUCGGAAAGGGCCAAUAGAAUCAUUGUCGAUCAAAUCCUAAGGGGUUCCGCGACUUACAUGCACCCUCUAAACUUAAGCACCAUCAUGGCCUCGAAUCCUUCGACCCUUUGAAUUGUCUCGUCUACACUUCUAUUUGUUUGGAUAUGUCGAACUUAUUUGGAAAAAGAAAGAAAAAUAUAAUUCUUCGGGCA